GGCGAAACGCAGAGAGAUGGGAAGAGAGACAGAGGAGCCACAAGGUAAAAACGAUUUGACGAGCCGACUUAGAGAGGUAACAUUCGAACGAAGUAAGAGUCUGACCACGACAGUGGAGGUUUCUCGAGGAGCCGCAGGGAGGGAGGAUUGGCUCUUCUGGACAAGGACGGGAACUAUAGACUGCCAUCAUAAGUGCUCCGGUGAAGGGGUCGGAGGUGAUAUCUGGCAGCACAGAACUGCAAGCUAUCAGAGAUACGGGUGAUGCAUUGCGGUGUGAACGUGUCGACGCACCAGGGACGCCCUCCGCACGUGAAAAGCAGAAGUCUGGCACUGGGGCUGCACAAUCUUCGGGCCCACUGUCAGCCUAUCUACUUUUCAUGUACCGGUGGCCGUCAGGCUACUCGAGAUCUUCUCAUCACUAAUUGCCGUUUUGUUGUGUAUUGUGCUACAACGUAAGAAAAUACGCAUCUCCUACGGAACAUGCCAAAUCGACGACCUACGAACAGCUGGUUCUCCCCGAGUUCUCUCCGUUCGCUGCUCGCCCGCCCAUCGAGCGCACCCACGCUCGCUUCUCUCCUCUCUCAUCCCUCCGCCCCUGUGCUGUGCGGGGACGACUAUGUAAAAUCAUUUGUACACAAUGUCGUUGUCUUCGUGACCUGCGGGCUCUAGUGCUCCUGAGUUGAGGCAUGAGGUCUGCCAUCGUCCGGACUCCCCCUGUUUGUCUUCGGGCUUAUUCCACGAUCAUCUUCCAAAUUCCAGAUUCGAGCACUGUGAAGUGUGGUGAAGUGAAGUCCAGCGGAAUUCUGCUCCUCUCACUUGCUAAUCCUGGAACAGGCCAAAUUCUGUCAACAGGCGCAGAUCAGAGACAAAGUGCCGAUAGAGAUACAUCUUCUUCCGAUGUGUCAGAAGUUCGGUCCUGCGUUGUCUUCCAGUCUCAGACUUGCUGAAACAUUACCGAGAAAAUAUUGCUUUUCUUCGCUCAGUCUAUGUCUUGGAUGGUCUGCCCGUCCGACUUGAGAGAAAGUCUGCUUAAAAAUGGAAGGAGCAAAUUUAAGAAGGAUCGUGGCAAAAUUAAACUCAACGUAUUCUAUAUUCUGUAAACAACUGAUUAAGGUGGACUUGUACUCAUCCUUCUUACUCAUCGUUAACCUUACCAUGGCCAUUCGAUGCACAAGGUGGAGUUAGAGUACUAUGAAAAACCUCAUCCAAUGUAAUGCUCAUUCACAGGGAAUGUGAAGUUCAACAUUUUCAUAUCGAAUUGUAAGUUAGGAGAUGCUCUGUCACUCUCUUCAACGUGCAGUGGAUCUCUCCCAGUGCGACUGUAUCUCCUGAAUAUGCAUGUGGAUAUCCUACAGUCUUUCAGAAAGGGCAGAUCGGGACAGCUGAGGGAUGCAAAUUUAUAGGAGGGGUGGUGACUCUGGCGAGGAUAUCGAUGUGUCCAUCUAAUAGAUGUAGAGGAAUAUGAUCAUCGAAGGUUCUACCUGACACCUCCUAAAGCCCCUGAUAUAUGUAGUUCCGAAACCUGCGGCCGAGAAGCAUCUGGUGACUAGAAUCUAGAUGAGGCAUGCUCCCAACAUUGAAACUUGAAACGAAGACAGGUGGAAGGUAGCCAGGUCUGUAGUUUACUGAUGGUCUUCGGGCAUGGUCAGAGAGGGCAGGCACUCAAUACAUCACAACGCAGCACAGAGCCGCAGUGAAAGACGAUCUCUAAAUCGGCAUCGAGAGUCUUUCUUCCUUCCACUUGGCUGCAGAAUACAAUCUCUGCCAUCCCAGCAGCAAGGCUGAACAUGCCCUAUCACAGUCACAGCCUGUGCUGCGGUUUCAUUUGAAAUACCAUAUUUUAAAAGAGUGGUAAUGUUGUGAAUUUUACAACAUUUUUUUAAAAGCACAGUUGUAGCCAGUGGACAGAGCUGAGGCUAGCAAAGCGGA